AAUUUCGUAUUAAGCGGCAAGAGUUAGAGCAAGUGGGUUCUCGCGCAUUUGAAUCUACUAAAUUUACUGUUGAAUGUUAAAAAUGUUAACGUAAUUUUAACAAGUUCAAGAUGGAUCGGCCUGGGAAAGCCCCUGAAGGAGCGAAGGAGGUGGAAGAAUUCUUUGGCGUGUACUUAUUGUACUGUUUAAACCCUAGGUAUAAAGGAAGAACCUAUAUUGGAUUUACAGUAGAUCCAAACAGAAGAAUUCUUCAGCACAAUAGAGGAACCCAGGCUGGAGGAGCAAGGAGAACCUCUAGUAAAGGACCAUGGGAAAUGGUUCUAAUCACGCACGGUUUCCCUAACGAGAUCUCGGCUCUUAGAUUUGAAUGGUCUUGGCAGCAUCCCCAGCGGUCCCGGCGGCUCAAUCAACUGCCGGCCAAGAAAUCUGCCGAAAAAUCCUACGAUUACUGUCUACGAAUACUCGCCAGUAUGCUGAAACUUGAGCCAUGGUCUAGAUUACCCCUGACAGUCCGCUGGUUGAAUCCCGACUAUGAACGUGAGUUCCCCCCCUCCCUCUCCCCGCCCCUUCAUAUACCUAUUGUUUAUGGUCCAGUGAAAAGUAUAAAGAAGAAGAAGAAUAAGGAAGGCAAGGAAGAGAAUCAGGGAAAGUGCAGUACAUGUGACUGCGUACUGCUGUGGGGAGACCUUGUACGUAAGAAGAAAGGUUGUUACGAAGCCGUUCACGAUGAUGAAUUCCUGGAAGACAGUGAUUCUUAAAUCUUGAAAAAAUCGCCUGAUAAACAACAUUUUCUUCUUUUUUUGUGAACAGUGGAGUGUUAAAUUAUUUUUAUGUUGAUCGAUAGUCAUAAUCACGAUUGCAUGAUCUCGAUAUCCACAGUGGGAACUUAAAAUUUGAGGAUUUUUUUUUUAUUACUACCUUUCCAUAUCUUUAUUUUAGUUAUUCAGAGCUCCCUUCAAGUUUCAACCCCUGACUGGUUACGAUUACAAUGCGGGAUUUCUUCCACAAAUAUGUUAUAAUUUACUGUCAUUUAUUGUUGUAUAAAUCUAUUUGCCUUUAUUCGGAUAAUAUUUUUUUGUUACGUAUAUUGGCAGUACCCGAUUAGUUUUUAACUUUUUAGAUAAUUUGUUUUUUAAUCUGUACUGACUAGUAUUGUCAGAGACUACCUAUCCAUAAUCAUCAUCAUAUUGCUUGUAUAAAGCUUAAUUUAAGUGACCCUCCAUGGCAAAGAUGUCAAUGCCCGAUUUACAAUGGUACUCUUGAAAUGUGGUUUUCUCACUCGAAAAGUGUUAUUUUCUGAUAGGUCUCCAUUGUUUCUUACAAGCACGAAAUGCGCAAGUCUCUUAUGCAGAGAAAACCCAUAUGAAAAUUAAAAGUUAUAAAAAUAAAACACGGAUAUCCAAUCGUACCAAUGUGAUUCGGGCAUUCCAUAUUUGCAUUGAGUGUUACUUGAAAUAACUUAAUAAUUUUGUAAUAAUAUGGUAACAAUAAACUACAUAAUAGAUAUAUUAGAUCCCAAAUUUUUAUAAAAUAUAUACAUAUAUACAUAAUAUUUCUUUAUAAGUGUAAACUUCAGUAAAACUAAAAAUGAAUUGUUAUAUAUUGACGUCUUCAAAAAUGUAUUGUGACAUCAUAGCAUUCUCAUCAUAUACAUUUUCCUACAAAAGUAUUCUAAUCAUGUAUUUUCAGA